AUGGCUCCAACGCCCCCCAACCAUCCAGCCCACAACGCCGCUCUCGAAAAAAUCGCAGCGCGCGUGCGACACUUUCACGCUCGCAAAACCCCCUUUCGCGUCUACCACGGCACCGCCAAUUCGACGCGCAAAUCCCCCUAUCGCCACGACAACACCGUCGACAUCAGCGGCCUCAACCAUAUCCUCGACAUCCACAGCAGCAGCAGCAGCAAAAGAGAAAGCGCAUCUCAUGGCGAACCCCUCGUCUUCGUCGAACCAAACGUCCCAAUGGAUCAACUGGUAGACGAAACCCUCAAACACGGCCUCCUCCCGCCCGUCGUGAUGGAUUUCCCAGGCAUCACGUGUGGUGGUGGGUUUGCGGGGACUUCGGGGGAGAGCAGUUCCUUUCGCCACGGGCUUUUCGAUCGGACCGUGAAGUUUGUGGAGAUGGUGUUGGGGAAUGGAGAUGUCGUGGUGGCUUCGGAGGACUCUUGUCCGGAUCUGUUCCGGGGCGCGGCGUCUUCGUUUGGGACGCUGGGGGUUGUUACGAUGCUGGGGAUCGCAUUGGUUCCGGCGAAGAGGUUUGUCUCGUUGACGUAUGUCCGGAUUAGCGGGAUGGAGGAGGGAUUGGAAUUGGUGAGGAGGGAGCAGGAAGAUGAGAAGCUGGAUUAUAUCGAUGGAAUCUUCUUUGCGAAAGACCGUGGGGUUCUGUGUCUUGGAAAGUUGACGGAUACCAUGGCUGCUGGUACAGAAGAAGUGAAGCAAUUCCUGCGCCCACAAGAUGACUGGUUCUACAUGAACGCCGAGAAGCUCGUCGCCCGACGGAGCCGCUGGACCGAAACGAUACCCAUCAAAGACUACCUCUUCCGCUACGACCGAGGCGCUUUCUGGAUGGGGAAAUACACCUACCAAUACUUCGCCGUGCCUUUCAAUUGGUUCACGCGCUGGGCUCUCAGCAAGUGGACGCACACCCGGGUGAUGUACCACGCUCUCCACCAGAGCGGGCUCGCGGACAAAUACAUUGUCCAAGACGUGGCAGUCCCGUACCAGCAUGCCGCUCGGUUCUUGGAGUAUCUGGACGACGAGUUCCGGAAUUAUCCGAUAUGGAUCUGUCCGCUCAAACUCGGCGGGAGGGAAGACGGCACGACUUACGGUGGUCUCCUCGGUGGUGGUGGUGGUGCUCCGACCGCGAAGGACGACGCCGAGAACAUGGUGCUCAAUUUUGGCGUCUGGGGCCCGGGACCCGGCAAGCAGUCCGAUUUCAUCGCGUGGAAUCAAGCCUUUGAAGAUCAGGUCCAAGCUCUCCGAGGGCGCAAAUGGCUGUAUGCUCACACGUACUACACCGAAGAGAAAUUCGGGCAGAUCUACGAUAAAGAGAAGUACGAUGCACUGCGGAGGAAGUAUCAUGCGGAGUAUCUGCCGAAUCUGUACCUGAAGGUCAGGGUGGAUGUGAAGAAGCCGGAGCAGGAGGCACAGGGCUGGUUGCUUUGGGUUUUGGCGUUGAUCUGGAGCGUCUGGCCGAUUGCCGGGCUGUAUGGCUGGGUCUCGUGUCUUGUUUCGAGGGAGUAUCUGAUGCCGAAGAGGAUGUCAUGGAUCGUGAGGGAGGGGGGCAAGGCACGUGUGAAGAAGGAGGUGGCGUUGAAGGGUUCCUGA